AUUUUUAAUGCUUUUCAACUCCCUCGUUCAUCAUCGUCUCCAUUCGUUCGACCUGCGUGAGCAAUACGAGUGAAGCAGUGAAAACUGUUAUAAAUUUGGCCACCAAUUUUAAUAAGCAGUCGUUACCAUGGGGACCCCAGAGACAUCACGUGAGCCAUGCCCUGACCGCAUCCUCGACGACGUAGGUGGGGCAUUCGGCAUGGGUGCCGUUGGAGGUUCAGCCUUCCACUUCUUGAAAGGAUUGUACAGUUCCCCCAAGGGAGAGCGCUUUGUCUUUGCCACCCAAGCGGUCCGAAUGAAUGCGCCACGUGUCGGCGGCAGUUUCGCAGUGUGGGGCGGACUAUUUUCCACCUUCGACUGUACAAUGGUCUACGUCCGAGCGAAGGAGGAUCCAUGGAACUCCAUCAUCGCCGGAGCCGCGACUGGCGGGUUCCUUUCGAUGCGUCAGGGUCUGGGCCCCGCUUCAAGAUCAGCUUUGCUUGGCGGCGUCUUACUUGCUUUGAUUGAGGGGUGUGGGAUCAUGAUAAACAAAAUGCUGACCGUUCCCCAGAAUCUUCCACCACCCAUGGAGGAACCGCUUCCUCCAAAUAUGGCUGGAUUUCCAAUGGGUCAACUGCCAGGUCAGGCUCCAGUGAGCAUGGAGGGUAUUGGUGGUGAUGGUGGUGGGUCGUCGACAUCUUCUUCUUCUUCUUCUUCUUCGUCAUCUCUAUCAUGGUUUAGAGGGCUGUUUGGCGGCGGUGAGAAUAAACAAGAUACAAGCUCGGACAAUGGGAGCAAGACAAAGGUUUUGGAGAGUUUUGAUACUCCUAGCCCUCCCACUUUUGAGUAUAAAUAAAUGGCCUCGGAAACUCAAUGUUUUCCUUGGAGUGGCACAAUGGGUACUGGUGGAGACUAUAUAUGCUGAUCUAACUGUCUGAUGAUCUGCAGGAAGAGAGGAAGUUUGAGAUGAGAGGUGAAUGAGAAUAAUGUCAAUGGCUUUGCUUUGCUGCCAUUUAUAGAUUGUGUAUAUACGACUUUGGAUCGUUUUAGACUUGGGAGUUCGUCUGGAGUUUUGACCAUCGCGCGCCUCGGGGCCUUUCCCGUUUUGUAUCGGCAUUAAACCUACUUUAAGUACUUUUGAUCUUGUUGUCCUUGGAGCCAGUGACAUUGUCCAUUUAUGCUAAGUUGGGAGUUAAAAUGCAGAAAAAUAACUGAAAUUUAUCUUCAAUUUUUUUGUAAAGAAAUAACUGAAAUUUAU